CCGGCUCCCGCUCCGGCUCCCGUUCCGGCUCCCGCGCUCCCGGGCCCUGCGCCCCGACCCCGCCGCCGCGCCUGCCGGGGGCCUCGCGCGCCCCCUCCGCGCCUCACGCUGAAGUUCCUGGCCGUGCUCCUGGCCGCGGGCAUGCUGGCGUUCCUCGGUGCCGUCAUCUGCAUCAUCGCCAGCGUGCCCCUGGCGGCCAGCCCCGCGCGCGCGCUGCCCGGCGGCACCGACAACGCCUCGGCCGCCUCGGCCGCCGGUGCCUCGGGUUCGCAGCGCAGCCUGAGCGCCCUGCACGGCGCAGGCGGCUCGGCCGGGCCCUCGGUGUUGCCCGGGGAGCCGGCGGCCAGCGUCUUCCCGCCGCCGCCCGUGCCGCUGCUCAGUCGUUUCCUCUGCACGCCGCUGGCCUCCGCCUGCCCGUCGGGGGCCGAGCAGGGGGACGCGGCGGGCGAGCGCGCGGAGCUGUUGCUGCUGCAGAGCACCGCGGAGCAGCUGCGCCAGACGGCGCUGCAGCAGGAGGCGCGCAUCCGCGCAGACCGGGACACCAUCCGCGAGCUCACCGGCAAGCUGGGCCGCUGCGAGAGCGGCCUGCCGCGCGGCCUCCAGGACGCCGGGCCCCGCCGCGACACCAUGGCCGACGGCGCCUGGGACUCACCCGCGCUGCUGUUGGAGCUGGAGGACGCGGUGCGCGCGCUACGAGACCGCAUCGAGCGCAUCGAGCAGGAGCUCCCAGCCCGUGGGAACCUCUCCUCGGCACCAGCCCCAGCCGUGCCCACUGCCCUGCACUCCAAGAUGGACGAGCUAGAAGGCCAGCUGCUGGCCAAGGUACUGGCGCUGGAGAAGGAGCGAGCAGCCCUCAGUCACGGGAGCCACCAGCAGCGACAGGAAGUAGAGAAGGAGCUGAAUGCCCUGCAGGGUCGUGUGGCCGAGCUGGAGCACGGGUCCUCGGCCUACAGUCCCCCAGAUGCCUUCAAGGUCAGCAUCCCCAUCCGCAACAACUACAUGUACGCCCGCGUGCGCAAGGCACUGCCAGAACUCUACGCCUUCACUGCCUGCAUGUGGCUGCGCUCCAGGUCCGGUGGCUCCGGCCAGGGCACCCCCUUCUCCUACUCGGUGCCCGGGCAGGCCAAUGAGAUCGUGCUGCUGGAGGCCGGCCUUGAGCCAAUGGAGCUGCUGAUCAACGACAAGGUGGCCCAGCUGCCCCUGAGCCUGAAAGACAGCAACUGGCACCAUAUCUGCAUCGCCUGGACUACAAGGGAUGGACUGUGGUCUGCAUACCAGGACGGAGAACUGCGGGGUUCUGGCGAGAACCUGGCAGCCUGGCACCCCAUCAAGCCACACGGCAUCCUUAUCCUGGGCCAAGAGCAGGAUACCUUGGGAGGCCGAUUUGACGCCACACAGGCCUUCGUCGGUGACAUUGCACAGUUCAACCUGUGGGACCACGCUCUGACACCGGCCCAGGUGCUGGGCAUGGCCAACUGCACCGGGCCACUGAUGGGCAAUGUCCUCCCCUGGGAAGAUAAGCUGGUAGAGGCCUUUGGAGGUGCGAAGAAGGCCGCCUUUGAUGUGUGCAAUGGGAGGGCGAAGGCAUGAGGGGCCGGCCGCCACGUUCAGGGCCCCUCCAUUGCCAGUCAGUUUCGGGACUUUGAAAGGGCACAUCCCUCCUCAGCCUGCCCACAUGCUGGCCUUCCCUCCUACCCGACUCCUGGCUAGACCUCCCACUUCUCCUUAUGGGCACCCACUGCUCCAGAGUGCCCCUGCCCUGGAUGGAUGUCCCCUCAGUCACCUGGAUAGGGACCAGCAUUUCACAUCAAUGUAGGGGUUGAGGCAGUCUUGCCUCCUGGCAACAUAUUGGCUUGGUUUCUCCCAUCUUAUACACUGUCCUGCUGAUCACAUUCGGAUCCCACUAAUUCCAGGGACAUCCCCUAAGGAGUCGUGGGUAGAGGUGGCCUUUGACCCUCACAUCCCCUAUGCUUCAGACCUACCUUGGGCUGCAGAAGAGAUGCCAGAGAUGUAUAAGAUCAGACGCUCCUUCUCUAUCUUCCUGGGUCGCCCACAGGGGCUGCAGGGUCAUCGCUCCCACUGCCUCUGCCUCCCCCUCCCUCCUCUCACCAGUUUCUCUGUGUGUUGUGGUUUGAAUGUUGGUUCCAUGUCAGUUCAAGCCCCACCUCAGUUUCCGAGAUGUUCCCUCCCCAGCCCCUACCCUAACAGCUAGGGACCAAAACCCCGGAGGCCAAAGGGCUGUAAUCACCCCCCCCCUGUUCCCACUGACAGCUUUGCCCACCCCACCCCCUCCAUGCCUGAGACAGGACCUGCUGGGUCACUCUAGCCUAUCCUGAGAACAUCUAAAACAGAGGCAAGGUGACCGAGGCGACGCUUCCCAGGCAAAGCCUGGUGGCUUAGCCACCGUAUCACCUCUUUCUGCGUGGCCCCGGAAAGGAUGGAGGAUGCUGGGUUGGAAAGCAGAGCACUGAGUGAGAGAGAGACAACCCCCCGGUUCUUAUGACUUGCUGUGUGGCUUUUAGUAAGAACCUACCCUCUUGGGGCCUCGCUUUCUCCCAGUCCCUACCGACUUCCCCAAGAACACAGAAGAGCGUCAGAGCUGAGAGAAGCCAUCCAUUGUAAGCUCUUGCUGGUGGGAGAUGGAAAAGAGCACAGAGAGGACCAUUAACUUGUCUAGGAUCAAACAGCACAACAUAGCGGGACCAGGCCCUCCAAGCCCCUCCAAAGUGCUCUUCCCUGUGAACCACACUGCCUGUCCGUGAGGACCUUUGAGCCCUGCUUAUACCUGUGCAGGGAGGCACUUGAGAGGACACGUGCUUUUGCACAGGGCACCAGAAUAUCUUCUGGGGACACCCCAACACAUUGACAGCCUGGGAAGGUGAGGGGAAAAGCCCAGACAGACAGAGUUCCAACAGACAGUGGAGGAUGCAGAGCCCUGUUGGGCCUCUCCCAUGGAUUGGAGCAGGAGCAGGUCGGCUGAAUCAGUGGACAUCAGUGCCUCUUGCCCCACCCCACCCCCACUUUUGUCCCUGUCUGUGCUUGCCACAGCCAUUCAGCCUGAGACAUGAUGCAGGAGAGGCUGCAGCCCAUGUCAGGGAAGCAUGCCUCUGGCCUGCAGGUCUGUGUUUCCAUUUUGAGAGCAACUCCACGGCACAGCACCCCCAUCCCCAUCCCCUGGAGAGAGCUGCAGAGGCUUCACCCAGACCUGCUGAGAUGCCCGUUGCCCAGUAACAACCAAUGACAUCAGCCCCGGUGCUGGGUCAAGUGUCUUUUGUGAGGACACCAGUUGUUGCUGGGUGACAGCUGGAUUCAGAACUUAGACCUGGGGAACUGUAAGCCACACCGGGCUCCUGCUAUUGUUCUAGAAGAGGCCUUCGCUAUUGAUUUAGAGGAGGCCUUGGGAAGAUGGCGUCUUAGGAAGGAUGUAGCAGAAACUGUCUGGUCACUGGAGCCCACCAGAAACACACACCAUCCCCAUCCUUUCUGCUUUGUCUCAGUGGUGAUGAGAAACGGCACCUCAGUCACAUUUUCAUGCCAUGUCACCCUGGUUAAACUUCAACCUCCCCACCCCCAACCCCACCCAGGAGGGGAAAAAAAUGGAGGCACCGGGUCAUGGCUCUGUGUAUGGAUUACUGGGGAAAGGGCUGCCUCUCUACUUCCAAAGCCCCCACCUGCUCUCACCUAUUGUGCUGUGAACAUUCUCUGAGCACGUGGAGUAUCCCCCCCCCCCGCUCUAUCUUCCGCUGUGUCUCCCCAAGCACAUCCAACAAGACAGCUGCGGGCCUGAGUUGCCCCUGGGUCUGACGAAGAUGGAACUAGGCUGGUUAGAUAGUCUUAGGCACUGAGACGGCACAGAGCACUGUAUCCGCACCAUCUGGUUUAUCCUCACAGCACAAGGCAAGACUGUUCUUAGCCCUGUGAUGCACAAGAGAAGGAUGAGACUCAGAGAGGUAAAGGAACUUGCCCAGUGUCGAUUGGCCAGCCCAGAACAGUGCGAUUUCCAUUUGGAGGCAGGUUAGAUGCCUAAAGGACCACGCCAACCACUUCAGAGUGCAGAAGGAGCAAAGGUGGGGUGUGGGGCUUGAGGCCUCAGCCUCAAAUUGAGCUUCAGUCUUCAGGGCAAGAAAAGAAUAUCUCCAGAGGUCGUCAGAAAAGGCAGGGUGGAAGUGAUUCUUCCUUGGCCCCUGUUCUGGGCACGGCCUAUGUCAGGUUCUCUAAGCUCUUUUCUGCCAGAUCCCCUACCUGUGAAGCAUGAAGUGGCCUCUCCCAUGUCCCAAGGGAUCAUCUUAACACAGUUACACGUGAAUGAAUGGGGAACCACAGACUGAAGUAGGAGGAGCUGUUAGGGGUCCGGGGGGGUAACUCAACCCUUGGCUUGUAGAUGAGGGAACUGAGACCUGGCCAAGAGCUCAAAUGACCCUGGAAGUUCCCCUGACUGUCCUCUUCUCCAGGACCCAAUCCUCCCCCCCCCUUCCGCAAACUGGAUUCCUAUCUACUAGUCCCAGCACCUUUGGCCUGAGAAAACUGGAAAAGGGUCUCCUCCCAAAUUAGGGACUAGUAUCCUCCUUACCCCUUAACUCCAGCUGCCUGUCAUCCCAAAACCCUGCCUCCCACCGACCCCAUUCCCUACCCCUGCUGGGUGGAGAACAGACUCCUUCCCAGGCUGAGCCGCCAGCAGCGAGCAUGUGAAGUCAUCUGGUCGGCAGACACUGUGGGACAAGGACCCUCUUCCCCCACCUUGCCCUAUUUUGUAUAUAAGUGACACGAGAUGCUUUGUAUGUGUGAGUGCGUGUGUGAUCUGUGCCAUGGCUUUUGUUACCAUUUCUUGUUUUUUGUAAAUUUGAAUGUUCCAAAUAAACAUGUGGUUUAC